AUGGACCAAGCCCCCAUCAAGAAAGCUCGGAUAGGGUCUUCGCCUCCAAGGAACUUCGACAUACCGCCCGCGGCGACCGGGCCUCCUCCGCCACCUUCGCGGCUGCACCGCGAGGGGUCUUUCUCGCCAUUGUUCUUCUCGCACGCCCCUUCGAGGCAUCUGGGUCGUCCUCACAGUGCUACCGCGUCCGAGAUCGCCGCCACCAUGAUGCUACGCGAUCGUGGUGAUCCGACGGGCGGGGUGACGACGGUCAAGCUGCCGAGAGCCAGCGUCAGCGCCGCGAGUCCGGCGUUGUCGGGCAGCACCCCAGGAAGCCUGAGCUCGUCCAUCGACAUGUCAAUGCCUUCUACAAGCACGGACACAAGAAAUGUACCGUCGAACCUGCAGUCGGUCCAGGCGAUGGGCGCACUCGAGCUUAUCGAGCAUGAUGAGCGCCCCACGUUUCUCGUCGAUUUAGCCAACCCAGCCAACGUCAACAAACCUAGCAUCAACAUACUGUACAUCAACAGCUCUCUGAGAACAUGCCCAGAAAUAUGCAACCUGGUCGCCGUCGACCCCGAAGGCCCAAUCUUGGACGACAAUUUCGAUCGCUUCCGAGCCUGGGUAUACGCCACCUCCAAGAGCAGCGGCGAUGGUCUCUACCUGUCUCUGCCCUAUCACGAGUACGGCGGCAUAACUUGGACAUCCACAACGCUGCGGCAACGCUUCCGCUUUGUCAGCGGCAACGUUACGCCUGUCGCUACCCGACAAGCCUCUCCGAUGCCUCUCACGGAGGAGCCUCUCCCGAUGGACGCCGAAGCCUCUGCAGCUGCUCCCUCGAUUCCAGUCUCGCCAAUGGGAGACGCGGUUGAUCCUCCUGAUUACUUCGGCGAUGCUGCUCCCGAGCCAACGGGAGGAAACAGAGCAAGCCUUGGCGCGAUACAGAGCAAGCUUGACAACCAAUCCGGUCCAGUUCACCCGGACGCCUUCACGAACGAGGUACUCCAGGUCCAGCCCAACAAAGUUCUCUUCGACUGGACGAGGGUUCCCAUUACGGACAACUUGGCCGAGCACAUCAAGUUCGCCAAGUCGGUGGACUGGGCUGCUACACCACUUGGCCCCAUGUCAGAAUGGGCGUAUGAUUUGCGAGCCAUGUCCAACCUGGUUAUGGGCAGCCCGCAUCCGGCCGCUAUGUAUUGGGGCCCCGACCUGGUCUGUAUUUAUAAUGAGGCCUACGUCGAACUUGCUGGCGGCAAGCACCCACAGCUCAUGGGAAUGAGAUACAUCGACGCUUGGUCCGAGAUCUGGUCGGAGAUCGAGCCAAUCUUCAAGAGCGCUUUGGAAUCGGGGCAGGCGACCAUGAAGCACGAUAAUCACCUCUUCAUCCGGCGUGAUGGAUUCCUGGAGGAAACAUUCUUCUCUUGGGCCAUUGUGCCGCUGGUCGGUGUCGAUGGCGAGGUGGUUGGCUUGUACAACCCUGCGUUUGAAAACACGCUCCGCAGGGUCAACGACAGGCGAAUGCUCACCUUGCGAGAGAUCGGCGAAAGGACAGCCUCGGCGACAACUGUCAGUGGGUUCUGGCCCCAAGUGCAAAAGGGUUUGGAGUACAACGACUAUGAUGUGCCAUUCAGCUUGAUUUACUCCGUCAAGGAGGACACUGAGAGCGAUGUCUCGUCACUGCACUCUGGAAGCCUCAUUCACUCCCCGCAAGUAAUCCUCGAGGGCUCUCCCGGCGUUCCAGAGGGCCAUCCCGCAGCGCCAGCGCAACUUGACUUGAGGUCGUCCGAAGAAGGCUUUGCCCCAUACAUGAGACAAUGCAUGGCGGGAGGUGGCGCGCCCGUGGUCCUGUCAGAGAGCGAUGGAACUCUGCCCACUGAUCUUCUGCAAGGGGUCAAUUGGAGAGGUUUUGGCGAUCCAUGCUCGACCAUCGUCGUCUUUCCGGUGGUGCCAACCACUACCAAGGAGGCCGUCACCGGGUUUAUCGUCCUCGGCGUGAAUCCUAGACGGCCGUACAACGACAACUACAAGCUCUUCAUUCAUCUACUCUCUCGUCAGCUGGCAACAUCUAUGGCGUCCGUGGUGCUGUUCGAGGAAGAGAUUCGACGGGGUCAGCGUGCAGCUCGGCUGGCCGCUCUGGAUCGCCAAGAGCUUUCGAUGCAGCUACACCUGCGUACGCAAGAGGCCAACGAGAGCGAGUACAGGUUCACGCGCAUGGCAGAGUACGCGCCGGUUGGAAUGUUCAUCGCUGACGCCCAAGGGCAUAUCGACUACUGUAACGAUAUGUGGUGGCAGAUCUCAAGACACUCUCGCUACGAUGAGACCGAGCUGGCGUGGAUGAACAGCGUGCGAGAAGAGGACAGACCCUCGUUGGAGACUGCUUGGAAGAAGCUUCUCGAAGAGCGAGUUACGAUUUCGGUCGAGUUCCGUUUCAAGCACAGCCAGCAGAACGGCGACCAUACCAUUGAUACGUGGGUUCUCAUGAGCGCCUUUCCUGAGAAAGCCCUCGACGGAAGCCUUAAAUCUAUCUUCGGAUGCAUCACGGACAUUUCGUCGCAGAAAUGGGCAGAAAAGGUUCAAAAUGAACGUCGAGAGGAGGCUGUCGAAAUGAAGCGCCAGCAGGAGAACUUUAUCGACAUCACUAGCCACGAGAUGCGCAACCCUCUUUCUGCGAUUCUCCAAUGUGCGGACCAAAUCGCCAACAACAUUUCAACCUUCACAUCGCACAAGGUAAAGGAGCAAGUGGAGAAGCUCCUGGAAAACUGUUUGGACGCGGCCAAUACCAUCAACCUCUGCGCGAGCCAUCAGAAGCGCAUUGUCGACGAUAUCCUUACACUGUCCAAGCUCGAUUCGAACCUCCUCGCCGUUACUCCUGUCGACGAACAGCCCAUCAAGGUGGUAGAACGGGCGCUGAAGAUGUUUGAGUCGGAGCUGCUGGCUCACGACAUUGAGCUCGAGUUUCAAGUGGAUUCAAGUUUCGAGAAACACGGCGUUGAAUGGGCCAAGUUGGAUCCGUCUCGGUUGCGGCAAAUUUUCAUCAACCUCAUGACCAAUGCAAUCAAGUUCACCCAAGGACGAGAGCGACGAAUCAUUAGGGUAUCGAUGAGUGCAUCGAAGGAUAUCAGCGAGAUCACUAGCAAAGGCGUGCAUUAUCUGGACAGGAACGACAUCCAGAGGACCGCGGGGAUGGACAUUGAUGAAGAGGAAUGGGGGAAAGGCGAGCGGAUCAACAUCCACUGCGCUGUGGAGGACACCGGACCCGGCCUUCGCGAGGAUGAGCUGAAGCUCUUGUUCCAGCGUUUCCAACAGGCGACACCGCGGACGCACGUGCAAUACGGUGGCUCUGGCCUUGGCCUGUUCAUCUCGAGGAUCCUGACUGAAAUGCAAGGAGGACAGAUUGGCGUGACGUCGUCCAAGGGCGUGGGGAGCAAGUUCAACUUCUACAUACAGAGCCGGAAGAGUCUGAACCCGCCAUCUGGCUUCGAACCGGUUUCUGCCUUCAAGAUCGGACGCAAGGUGCAGGCACCGGCGGCUGCAACCCCUCAACUCAAGGACACGCCAGCCAGCACCCCAGCACGCGGGACCACUUGCUCGGAAGGCCGACCACUCUUCGACGUUCUCAUCGUCGAAGACAACAUUGUGAAUCAAAAGGUCUUGCAACGGCAGCUGCGCAACUGCGGCAACAACACUUUUGUCGCCAAUCACGGCCGCGAAGCACUCGACACCCUACAGAAGUCCAGAUUCUGGGCCGGCCAGGAAGACGAAGGCGUCGACAUCUCUGUCAUCCUGAUGGAUCUCGAGAUGCCAGUCAUGGACGGCAUGACGUGUGCGAGGAAGAUUCGGGAACUCGAGAAGGAAGGUACCAUUGUUCGGCAUAUACCCAUCAUUGCGGUCACAGCCUACGCGCGCCCAGAGCAAAUUGAGAAUGCCAAGGCCGCGGGCAUUGACGACGUCAUUUCCAAGCCGUUCCGCAUACCAGAACUGAUGCCCAGAAUCGAGGAGCUGGUCGGCAAGUACGAGAAUCUCUCAGUAUCGUCUGAGUCCUGA